UUGGUGUGGAGGCAGAGGCUCAAACGCUACAUCAUUUCACAUUUCUGUUCAUCUAUUGGCCAGGAAGAUUACAUGGGACAGUGCAGCUGGAGAGGUAAGGACCACUGCUGCUCAUCCUGCACGAGGAAAAGUGGUGACACAGGAGAUGUGCACGGGAAAAUGUAGUGAAAUAGUGUGUUGAAGUGGGAGCAACGGAAUGAAAGUAUUUAAGGAGCUUUUUGAUUAAGGACUCUUCAGCAAGUAAGGGGACUGUUGCUUCAAAAGACCGGAAGAAGUGAUAGAUGAAAAUGUUUGACAACAGUAGUUGCAUCAUAUUUCACUUGAAGUUCUGCAAAAGACAAGGAAAAGGUCUUUGGAAGGGGCUUCAGGCUGGCAGGAAACAUUGCAUGAGAGACAGAGACACAGCAUUGGUUGGAUUGGACUUCACACUAAAAUACAACUAACACAGAUUAAAGCAGAUUUCCUGAGAUUAUCAGUCAAACCUAAACAUGUUUCAACCCGUGUCUCAUCCAUAAUGCCAUGAAAUAAUACUUGCUCAAACACUCCAGCAGGAGAGCUCAUAGGAACCAUCAGACUCAUGCUAUGAUAAUAGGAAUGCCAAGAUAUUAGCUGGUUUGAUAAACCCUCCUUUUGUGACCUCAGAUGUUGCCAUGUGGGGCCUCUGUGUGCACCAGUCUUCAGUUAUAUCUCUCUAAAUUUCCAGUUAAUGAACCACACUUAAAUAUGUUAUCAAUCUCCUGUCUAACAAUGCAGCUUUUAUUAUUUUCAAACACCUUUGUUCACGUUGGCUGCUAUUUUGUUAUUGAUUUAAUAUUUCCACACAAAAGGGCCCAAAGUGUUUAGGCCGGGGGAUUUAUGGACAGAUCUGUUCUUGUGAGGAUGAAUAGAUAAUCACGUUCAAGUGUUACAUGCUUCCAGUGAUCUCUCCUGUUGUGCCUACUCCAUCCAUCUAAAUCCCCUGUUGUCCUUUUAUUUCCUCCAUCUGUCCUUUCAGCAUUAGUGCAUCUUGUGCUGCUUCCUCCUCUCAUGUUCUCUUUAUCUUUGUCUCUUCUAGUCUCAUUGAUAUUAUAGUGUGACGUCAGCUUUGCUUUGCCACCAUCUGUCUCUAUUUCUUGUCUUCACAUCCCCUUUAAAGUUGGGAGCUAAUAGUUACUUAAAAGCAAACCAAGGCAUCUGUUUCGACCCUGCCAACUUCAUCUGUGGCUUCACUUACCCACCGUCCUGUUUGCUUUCCCUCUGUCCCCUCCGUACCAUCCUCGCCCCCUACUGUGUCUCUGUCUAGCUGGCUCCCCCCCAGCCUCCCUUGUCCUCCCUGUGGCCAUGCUGGAGGGGAUGUCCCGCCGCUCUCGUUCCUUGCUCUCCCUGACUUUAACCACUUUGGCUCUUGCCCUCUCCAUCCUUGCUCUGUGCACCUCCUACUGGUGUGAGGGCACACACAAGGUGGUCAAGCCUCUGUGCCUGUCGCCCGUCAAAAUGAAGAACUGUGGUGAGAACAACAGUGAGCCUUACACCACAGAGAGUCCCACUCAGAACCCGUUCAACCACACCCUGUCUCCAGCCAGGAAAGACGAGCUGGCCAAAAUCAGACAAAGGCAACUAGCCAAUGCGGUUCAGUAUAUCUGGGAGACGGGGGAGGACAAGUUUGCCUUUAGAUACUUCCACACUGGCUUCUGGGAAAGCUGUGAGAAGCAGAAUGAUGCAGGGGAAGUAUGUCGCAGCUUCAUUGAUUUAACUCCGGGGGAAACACAAGGUAAGCUGUGUAUUAAUUUACAGUCUUUGCCUGUUGUCGCCACACAUUGUAAUUACAUAAAGGUUUGCUCACAUUUGUCCACACAUGCUGCAGGUGUGCUCUGGCUGUCUGUUAUUUCCGAGUUUACAUAUAUUGGCUUGCUCGGGAUGGGAUUCUUACUGAUGUGGCUGGAAGUGCUGUGUUCCCAUAAAGAGAUGCAUGCACUCAAAAUCAAUGCCUACGCAGCUAUGUGUACUGUGCUGUCAGGUCUUCUUGGGAUGGUAGCACAUAUGAUGUUCACUACAGUAUUUCAGAUGACAGUCAUUGUUGGCCCCAAAGACUGGAGGCCCCAGUCCUGGGAUUACGGAUGGUCAUUUGCUCUUGCCUGGGUGUCCUUCAGUUGCUGCAUGGGAGCAGCUGUGGUCACGCUCAACUCCUACACAAAGACCAUCAUCGAGCUUCGUCGCAGGCAGAGACUCCGCUUGGAGGAAGCGAGAGCUGUCACCCGCGCCCCGUCCUAUGAGGAGGUAGUUCCGGGGGGUGGACUCUACUCCGUCAGCGGCCUGCUGCAUUGUCCUGACGGCAUGAUUGACGUUGCAUGGGCCCCGAACGGCGGCGUGGUUGGCGUGGGAAAUGGGGACGUACCGACCCUGGUUUUAGUGGGGGGCUGCGGACCAGAGGGGUGUGAGGACUGUGAGAGAGAGAGGGAUGAGAUGGAGGAGGCCAUGGAGCGAGUUGAUUCCCCUUGUUAGUGGAUCGGUUACAAGUUUCAAUUAAAAGGCCUGAAAAACUGAACAAGAAAGACAAGAUUUGUGAGCUGAAAACAGACCCCGGUUUGUUUUUGUCCUCCACUUUGACUUCCGGUGAACCUGGGAUGUGCUCGCAGUGGCUAAAAGCUAAUCAAAUCAACACAUAUCAAACUGUCUUUCACUGACGAUGGAGUGUUCAUAAGUUGCAAAUCACAUGCAAAUCUGCAUGUUUUCUGGGUAUUUCUAUGUGCCUCAUUGUAGGUAAGUAAAUAUAACUCUGUAUGUAAACGCAUUUAUGUUUCUUUCAUUUUCUUGCUUUAAUCUGCAAUUCAACGGAUAUCUCCGUGGUCAAUUCAUGUCACAGUUUUUUCAAUUCAAUACAACACGUGCUCUAUUUUAAAUUAGUUUUACAUCCAACAUGCUUCCUUUUUCGAGUUCUCCCUAUUCUGGUAACACUCUAGUGAUGAAUGCAUAAUUCUGAUGCAGUGCAUACAUACCAGAAGCUCUAACAAACACAGUGUUUCUGUGGAGAAGCUCAGACAAACCCAUAGAGAUAAAAAGAUUACAGAGAUUUUGAAAAGUCUGCUCUCAUGUUGAACAGAAGAUUAUGUGUAAACCAGUAAUCCCGAGUUGGAUGGAAAGAAGGCAGAACGGAGAGCAGAGAUGUGAAGGGACAGAGAGGGGUGGGUUGUGGGAGGUCAGAAUGAAAGUUGGAAAGAAAUACUGGCAAGCACACCCACAGACACACAAUAACACACACUUAUCAUCUGCACCAUGAAAGCACCCCACUAUCAGGUAACAAAGCUUUAUGAAUGUGCUGUAAACAUUUACGCUGUUUAACAUUAUCACUAUAGAGCACAUCAUUUUAAAGACUUUAAAGUCCAACAUUUACCUUUUGCAUCUGUAGGUUACACUUGUGAGAUAAUCCUGGAUUUACUCUCGGGGAUUAAUACAAUUGAAAACUUAAAGCUUAAAGCACCAUUUUUGUCAGCCUGAAGCAUUACUAUAGUAUAAAGUAUAUUUCUGGGUCAGAGAGGAAUUUUUUGGGGAGAAGACAAAUGAAUUGAGCUGUAUGAGAAAAACCUUUAAUUUAUUGUGCAAUAAAUAGGUACAACACCUGAGAGCUACAACCUCACUCAAGCAAUGUAAAAGUCUGUAAAAAAAAAAAAAAAGCUAUAACAAGCUAACAAGCAAGUCUUGUACUUUCACAAUUGUCUUUCGCGGUUAAUUUCUGAAAUAUUUAUAAGUUAACAACAAAACAAUAUUUCUGACAAUAUGUUGAUGUUAUAUUCAUAUGAACAUACGUACUCACUAUAGAGCUUGUUCUUGGCCGUACAUGUCUUAAGCAACUGUGCCUUAAUUUGACUUUCUUAAUUUCUAUUUGGUAUGAAGUCACAAAAUUGAAAACUUACUAAAAUGUUAGUUGCAACAAAGACACUCCAAGAAUGAAUAUUUACACAAAGAGGUGAGUGGCUAAAAUUGAAGAUUUGCGCGGACAUCUG